AAAAAAGUUAUUAAAUUAUUUGUAAAAUAAAAUAGUGCGAAGCUUCCUUUCCCACGGCGUUGACGACCUUGUCGUCUUCGUCCUCAGUGAACUCCUGGACAAUAUUCUAUAAAUACCCUCUCAGUACUUUGAAUCUUCACACGUCUUCUUUAAAUCCUCUUAUUUUCCAAUUCACUAAAUCCAAUACAGAUACACUCGGCACACUCAAAUCAGCAUCUACUUCACAGAAAUGGCAAAGCAAAAGAUUGUGCUGAAGGUGACAAUGAACAACGAAAAGAAAAUCCGUAAGGCUCUGAAAAUCGCAGUUAGUCUCUCCGGAGUCGAAUCAGCAUCUUUCGUUGGAUCAGAUAAAACCCAAAUCGCUGUGACUGGGGAACAUGUCGACUCAGUUGAACUGGCGACCUUGCUAAGGAAAGGUGUCGGAUACACAGAGCUACUGAGUGUUGGUCCGGUGGAGGAGAAGAAACCAGCCGCCGCAAAGGAAACAAAUCCCACGGUGGCGCCACUAGAUUUUACAGUUAAUCCAUACCAAUAUUACUACGGCAGCUAUGGGAUGCCCUACUAUGCAUAUUAG